AUGGCUGCAGACGACUGGGUGUACGAGCUCACCAGCGACGAUGAAGCUGAUGGCCAACACUCAGCCGUCUCCGAUUCUGACACCAGUGAACUCAACCAUGGCGCUAGUUCCCCGCACAGCCAGCUUCCCCUCGUUCCAAAGCCACUGCCGUUCCUGAAAUAUGCAGACUGGGUUCCAGGCCGGUCAUACGACGAAAAGCCCCUUCGGUGGAUGUACUAUACUAUGCAAUGGAAGUUAACCCUGGAUAAUAGAAAGGCUGUUGAACAAACCAAGAAGAAUCUACCCCAAAUCGAUUGGCUAAGUAUUGAGGAGCAACUUCAAGGAUGGAGCCAGCUUCUCCGCGCUGGGAAGAGGCUGAAGCUCCAGAUUCAGCAGGACUACAAAAAACUUGCCACUACGGGUCGGCCCGCUGGGCGAGGUGCCACAGCUAUAGGCCUUGCAGAGCUGAGCGCCCGGAUGGAUGCAGAGCUGGAGGCUACUGGCGAGCUUGAUCCAUGGCGGCGAGUCUACCAGCUUAUGAGAUGCCCGGGAGCCCCGUGCGACAAUGGGGAAUGGUGCUGGCAGGACCGACAACAACAGGGAAAGCAUCUCAAACUCAUGGACCAUCAUUUGAGAGAACUUGUCCGAUGGGUUCAGCGAGGCAACAAGUUAGACACGCAUGACGAUAUUCCCGAGGAGUUCCGAACGAAGUUAUACGCCGAAGAUCAACAAGGUCGCGACCGCAAGCGCAAGCGACAAAGCUUAGGACCGGAUUCUCCUAGCCAUGCCCCCCGCAGAACGCGCAUUCCCCAGACCCGGGAAGCUGUUCUUGCAGUCGUCUGCCUCCCCUAUGCGUGCUUGGACUGA